CCCGGAUGUGUUUUCAAACUGUAAAGAGACUGAAGUAGCUAAGCAAGUUGCCUCUGCCUGCAGGCUGGUUUAUGGCUCCGGCUCGGCUCUCUGCCUCCCAGCACUAACCUGCUUCUGCCCGGAUUAUGAGAGCGCGGGACAGGGGCGGGUCACGCCGCGCGGACUGCUGAGUCACCGUGAGUCAUCUAUAUGGGCCAUCUUCUCUCGAAAAAUGGUUACUGCCUGAAGAAGAAAACUCGGAAGCUGCGCAAGAAGAAGAAGAGGAGGAACUGCUUCCUACGGGGCCCCUGCAUGCUCUGCUUCAUCGUCCGCAGCACCAGUGAAAGUCUUGAGGACGAGUGCCCCUACGAGAGCACCGGUGGUGCGGCUGUGGCUGCCUCCAAGCUUGCUGAACGGUACGUGUCGUUAAGCACGCCUGAGGACUGUGCCAGGUUCCUGCUGUCUCCAGGGGAGUUGGCCGUUGGCUGGGAGGGCCAGGGCCGGAGGAGCUUGCUGUCCGCCGUGCCGGCCAAGCUGAUCGGAGCCCCUCCGUUGUUCCGCUGCUCCACGGAAUACUCCGAGAUGGUCUGCAAGCGCAAGAGUGGCGAGCCACGCCGAUGCACGGCUCCCUGCAAGCAGCCGCGUUGUGCUUUUCACGAGGCUGCUCAGGACGAGGAGGCGGCAGAGGAGACGAAUACCCCUCCCUCAGCCGGCCAACGCCUGCUGCCCCAACUCUGCCCACUUCCAUCCUCUUCCUCCUCAUCUGCCUCAUCCUCAGAGGAAGAGAGCUCGGGCGUGGGCCUGCAGGCAACAGACUCGGGUGAAAGUCCCAGCAGUAGUGCUGCCACUCCAGAAAGCUCCUCCUUCUCCUGCCCACUUUCUAACAGCGACGGGUCAGAGGAUGGCAAGAACUCGGAGAGCACAGAUACGUCCCGCAUUAACCACCUGCCAUCCUCCAUACUGCUCAAGAUUUUUUCCCAUUUGUCAGUGAAGGAACGUUGUCUCUGUGCUUCCCUGGUCUGCAAGUACUGGCGGGACCUCUGCUUAGACUUCCAGUUCUGGAAGCAAAUCGAUCUCAGUGGUCUCCAACAAGUGAAAGAUGACCUCCUGGUGAAGAUAGCGUCACGGAGACAGAAUGUAACCGAGAUCAACAUCUCCGACUGUCGGAACGUUCAGGACCAUGGCGUGUGCAUUCUGGCCUCUAACUGUUCAGGCCUGGUUAAAUACACAGCGUACCGCUGUAAGCAGCUCAGUGACCUGUCUCUCUGCACUGUGGCCUCCCACUGCCCGCUACUGCAGAAAGUUCAUGUGGGCAACCAGGACAAACUCACUGACAAUGCACUUAAAAAGCUGGGUGAACACUGUCCAGAGCUGAAGGAUAUCCACUUCGGCCAGUGCUAUAACGUCAGCGACGAGGGCUUGAUAGCGCUGGCGAAGGGCUGCCCUAAACUGCAGAGAAUCUACAUGCAGGAGAACAAAAUGGUGACGGACAGAUCGGUGCGGGCGUUUGCGGAGCACUGUCCGGAGCUGCAGUUCGUGGGCUUCAUGGGCUGCUCUGUAACCUCACAGGGGGUCAUCCACCUCACCAGACUGCGGAGCCUCAGUAGUUUGGAUCUUCGGCACAUAUCCGAGCUUAACAAUGAGACGGUGAUGGAGGUGGUGAGAAAGUGCCGGAAUCUCAGUUCCCUUAACCUCUGCCUCAAUUGGAGCAUCAACGACAGAUGUGUGGAGAUCAUCGCCAAGGAGGGAAGAAGUCUGAAAGAGCUGUACUUGGUGUCAUGCAAGAUAACAGACUAUGCACUGAUAGCUAUCGGACAGUACAGCAGCACUAUCGAGACAGUGGACGCAGGCUGGUGUAAAGAGAUCACAGACCAGGGAGCCACCCAGAUUGCCAAGAGCAGCAAGUCUCUGCGCUACCUGGGCCUGAUGAGGUGUGAUAAGGUGAACGAGGAGACUGUGGAGAGACUGGUCCUGCAGUAUCCGCACAUAGUGUUCAGCACGGUGAUGCAAGACUGUAAGCGGACGCUGGAGCGGGCCUAUCAGAUGGGCUGGAGCCCCAACACCUCCACUGCGUCCUAGCCAACACACAUAGACUCACACACACACACACACACACACACCCACUCCCACCCAGUCACAUCUACACAGAUGAACUCAUGUUUGCCUUCCUUUUUUCAGCACAGCUGGUCAGUUCUGAGAGCGCUAACGUUGAUGUGCUAGUGCCAUUUCAGCUCCGCUAGUAUGUUAGUAUUUUGUUCGCCAGACAUCUGUUCUGAGGCAGAUGUGAGUGCGAGAUACUUCCAGACUUUACGUUUUAGACAUCCAGAACAUAGUAUAUAGCUGCAUACGUCUUUUUUUUUUUGCUAGCAGACCUAUAGCACACACUCUACUCUGAGACCAUCCUUUUAUUCCAGCAGUGAGAUCCAACUGAGCACCAGAGUAUGUGAUGAGUAGUUUACUACUUUUUUGAGUUGAGCAGCAGAUUUGAUUUGAUUUUUUUUUUUUAUUUAGCUUUAGUUUUUUUUUUUUCUUAUUUAGUUUGAGUCUAAACUCUCUGAAAUGCAGAAACACUGACUGCAUUCACAGCACUGCUCUCCUCCUCCUCAUUAAACCUGUUGAAACGGACUGUAAUCUUCUGCCGCCUUCAGAUUUCUAAAAGGUUCGUCGUAGCCUUUCUUAUAUAAAGGUUUUUAGAAGAUUUCAGAUAACGGUCAAGGUGACCAUUAGGGCUAAAUGUUUAGACUUUUUAUUAAGAAAGAGACCAUAUAAAACAUAAAAAAAAAAAAGAAGAAAAAAAAAAAAGGCGAGGACUCAAAUGUGGUUAGUUUGAAUAUUUUCAGUAUUAGAGAUGUGUUGAACUCUUAUUCUUCGGUAUCUGUGUUAUUAUUGUCCGAGUCGUGCAGAAGAGUUGUGCAACUGCCUUGAUGAAUGUGGGCUCGACUCGCAAAAUAUAUAUAAUGGUACCUUUCGGUCCCUGUUUCUUUAGAGUUUGUUUUUUUUUAGGUCCAGUGAAGUAGGCGACCUCAUGAAAAGACAAUACAAACAAUACAACACUGAAUGCAAACUUCACAGUAGGAAAGAAAGAAAGAAAGAAAGAAAGAAAGAAUGUCCCUGAAUUCUUAUAUAGUAUGUGAUAUAUCCGGGAAUAUGGAGAAACAGGAACAAAAAAAAAAAGAAAAAUAACAUUUUGCAGGAGAGAACUUAACCUGUUAAUGCCUUUUUAUUCUGUUCUUAUUUCCUUUCGAAAAAAACAAAAUACAGGAAUACUGUUGUUUAUCUCUUGUGGUAAUGUAAACAGUGGUUUGCAGUUUGUUUUGGCUGUUUAAUUAUAAUAUGUAGGGUGAAUUUUAAGUGAAAACAAAUGUUAUUAUAUCAGUAUGGAUUUUUCUUCUUUUUUAUUUUAUUUAUUUUUUUUCUUUUCUUUUCUUUUCUUUUCUUUUUUUUGGAAUAACCAUCUAUCAAUAUUUAGUAAUCAGGCCUCUGUAUUUGCCUGCUAAUCUAAUACAAUUCUGGAAUGAAUGAAUGAAUUAAUAUGUCCAUCUGAACUAGAACUUAGAAAGAGUUAGAAUUCAUUCGCCCCCCCUCCCUUCCCCUUCCCCCCGGUUCUGAAGUUCCGUAGCUAGCCUGUGAACAGUGAUAUACUCUUAUGCAAACAACCAGGGUAUUUUCCUAUUGUGUACAACUAGCCGAGGUCAGUUUCCGUAGCUGUUGCACUGCGUCACAUGUUAAAGAGGGGCAGCAGGUUAGUUACAUUGUGUUAUCUCUUACUGUACUUUGGGAUUUGAGUUGAUUAAAAAAGAAAAAAAAAGUACAAUCCUA